CUUCUGCAAAAAAAAAAAGGUCAAUUUGUAUAAACUGGUAAUGUACAGUUGGUUUGGUAUAUAGAUCAAUAUUGGCGUCCACGGUUUGUUUCUUGAUUAGAUGGGCGUAGUCCGUCAAGCCUUAGCGGAAGUAAUGCCUGAAAGACGAAAUUCAGGACUUCAAACUCUACAUAUUCAGUCAGGAAGUGCAAUGAGCAAAGGUUGGCUGUCACUUCUGUAACCACGGUCGUUGCUCAUUUAUUUUUCUUUACAUCCAUGUCUUCUUGUUCAAUGGACAUAAAGUGUUAUUGAUGAUUUGACGGAGUCAGCAUCCACCUCCGCUCUGAAACCAGCCGCUGCAGCCCAGUGAUGCCUCUGUUUCGGGCUUCGGGGGAAAGUGGCGGGGUGAAGCCUCGGCAGAGGAGGAUGAGGAAUAGGAAGACAGAUGAAGACGGCUCUGUACUUUCACUUACACGCCUCUGUCUGCUGAGCCUCGCUGACAACAUGAACGACGUGUGGGCCAAAGACUAUGCUGAUAACUACCUGGAUCACUAUUUCUUCAGACACAUCAUGGGGCCUUUCAACUUACUGUCAGGUGAGCGAGUGGAGGAGCUGACACAUCUGCUGUGCAACAGGAAGCAGUUGUCCCGAGCGGCCCUCCACCUCUUGCUGGUCCCUCAGCUCCGUGCUCUGUCUCUAGAAAAGUGUCCCGGUCUGGUCACCUCUGCUCUCUGUGCCCACGUUUCUGCACGUUGCCAGGGUCUGUGGAGUCUGGACCUCUCCGGAGCCCAGCAGCUGCCCUCGAAGGCUGUUUCAGAAACCCUAAUCUGUUUACCUGCCCUGCGCUCGCUCUCCCUGUCUGGUACACUUUGUGACGGAUGUGUAAUCAGGACAGUUGCCCGCCACUGCAGAUUUCUUCGCCACCUAGAUGUAUCUCGCUGUCAUUUCCUCUCUCCUGCUGCACUACUUCCUCUUGGGGGCGGGGCUUCGAUUGUAUCCUAUGGGUGUCCUUCUAGUGUCUCCAACUCUUCAUCCAAAUCCCCUACAUUUCCUUCUCUCCCUGCACAUUUUUCUCCUCCUCCCCUUUGCAGUCUGCUCGCUCUGGAUAUUGGGUUUGGGAAAGAAGAGGGAGAUCUUGUGGCAGCUGCAGCUUUCCUCCUUCUCUCCCUGCCCUUCCUGGAGAGAGUGGCCAUGGAGGGUCUUGCACAGGCCUGCUGUCUGAUCCAGAACAGACACUUCAGCAAGACAAACGAGUUCACUGACAGAGAAGGAGUACCGAGGCUAGGGGAGGUGUGGAGGCACAGACAGGUCAUGGACAAAUGGAGUAAAAAGAGAGAAGUAGAAGAAGAUGAGAAGGAAAAGAAGGAGGAGGAGGAGGAGGAGGGGGAGAUAUUGUGGGAGGGGUAUAGCAGUGACAGCAGAGAUGAAGGGCCUAAUUCCUCUCAGAGCCAAACAGAGAAAAAGAGGAGAGGAAGUGUUUUGUCACAGUCAGAUGAUGAUCACCUGAUCCUGAGCCUGAAGGACGUGAAGGCUGUAUCGUGUGACUCUCUGGACAGUUUAAGUCAGUUGUGUCCAAACAUCCAUUCCAUAUCUGUAAACAUUGAUGAUGAUGGUGAUGAAGUUACGGGAGGAAGAAGUCAAGGGUCUCUGUUAGCUGCGAGUCUUAAUACAUGGUCAGGCCAGCUACGGAACCUCUCGCUGCACUACCUGGGCCCGCUGCUGGAUCUCCUUCCUGCCUUGCAAAUAUCAGGUUCCUCCUUGGUCUCUUUAACCCUGGAAGGGGUAAAAACUAGCCCUCACACUCCUCUACUGGAGAUCAUUAAGGCAUGUCCCAGACUCAGAGACCUGCUCAUGUUUGCUGAGCCUCCGACUACACCGCAGGAACAUGAAGACGACGAAAUGGGGGAACAGCAGGACGAUCAGGAUCUUCCACAACUGUCUAACCUCUGCUCUCUAACACUCAAAUUCUCCUACGAGCACAGCCGGAUGAAGCCCAUCAUGUCCUGGAUGUCUUUAAAGAAGGUGCUCAAGUCUCUCUUUUUGGGUUCUCCUUCACUGGAGAAGCUCUCGUUGGUCUCCCUGCCGUGCCCUCUGAACUGUGUUUUACAGGAUGUACUGCACAGAGCGGACUUGGCCCUGCAUCUUUAUGUCGACUCUACAGGUGUACCUCCCAUGCCACUUGGGCGACUUCAGCACAUAAACCUGCAGCGGACAGAUGUGGAGAUGACAACAGUUAAAAGUUUAAUGCAACGGACCAAAAGACUGAAGUGCAUAGAUGUGAGCUACUGCUGGAAAAUCAGUAAGGCUGAGUGCUUCAACUGUGUCACAACCAGUAAAGUCCAACUUGUCUGGUCGUAAUCGAGAGCUGUGCAGCUGCCAUCACAAUGAGCUACACUGCUUAUUCAAAUAAACAUACAAUGCAAAUGUACAGUGUCAAUUACAUCAGCUUGUAUGAAUACAACUCUAAAGAUUGUAUCAUUUUUUUUAUAAUGGAUACAGAUACAGGAUAAUCUUACUGACUUUAUAUGCGCUCACUAAUUGAAGUGUGUCCUUAUUGACACAUCUCAUGUUCCUAAAGUGCUUAGUAAUGAAACAAAAACGAUCAAGGUAUUUUGUUUUCACAAGUAUUUUAACUAUCAUCUUUUCUAAGUCAACUGAAUUCAUUAUUACGUUUUUUGCAUAAUCAGUAUGAGUAUAACUCCACAAAUUCACACGAAUGAAAACAAUAUUUGAUUAAUUUGCAAUGCGCAUGUUGGCUAAUAAAUCCUUUAAGGGGAGUUCUGUGGUGUGUCUUAUUGCUUCUUUAUGGCUGUUUGUUUUGGAUCUAGCACCCACUAAUUGAUGUGCAUGUCUUUUUUUUGUGAUUUUCAAUUAAACAUGAUGCCAAUCAUUU